AGUGGUGGCAGCUGCUAAGGAACGAGCAGACAUGGCCCGCCAACGAGAGACGUGGUCCCACAAGGCGCAUCAGUACGCGGCCUUCGCAGCUAUCACGAUGAAUCUACACAGCCUGCUGUGGUGUCCGCUGCUCAUGCUGCAGUAUGGACUUGGGACGUUUGGCGUCUGCUACGUCAUCGUGGUGGUGGUCAUCUGCUACCCAGUGCUGUACGUUGAGUCGGUCUUGUCGCAGUUCACCAAAAGUGGAAACCGAGGCAUCUUCAACUGCUGCCCGCUGUUCCGAGGGCUGAGCUACUCGAUGGCCUACUUCGCGGUGAUGGUCAACCUGCCCCAGUACAGCACCGUGUCGCACGCCAUCAUCUACCUGUUUCGCUGGCUGGAGGGCGCCAUGCCUUGGUCCAGCUGCGAGCUGGCCUCGUGGGCUGCGGACAACGCCAGCUGCUACGCGCCUUCGGCCGAAUACAUUCCGUGCGAGACGGUGGCCACCGUCCUGGCGCGGCGCUUCUCCGGCAGCGGCGUCCGGGACGGCUACCCGCUGCUCUACCGCGGCCGCGUCACCAUCGUGCCCAUCGACGAGUUCAACAACGCCUCCGCAAACUGCGUGCCGGGCACCGAGUCCGCGGUCACGGGAUUCUACGACAACGUGAUCUUGGGCCUGGGCAGCGGCGUGAGUGACCUGUGGGGACUGCGCAUGGACACCGUGUUCAUAUCGGCCGCGGUCUUCGUCGUGCUCUUCCUGCUUCUCUCCGACGGACUUCCCAAGAUGCAAUACUCCCUGUAUGCUCUGGCGGCUGGCCAAUACGCGCUGCUGGCUGUGCUGUUGGGCGCCACUGUGGUGCGGGACGGCGCUUUCGACGGCCUCUCCCAGCUGCCCGUCUGGAAGUUUAGCGCCUUUGCACGCCUCUCGCUCUGGCUGGACGUGGUGGCCUUCGCCGCGUUCGGCAUUGGUCUCGGUGGCUACGGCAUCAGCUUUAUCACCGCCCACAACUCCUUCCAGAACAACUUCGUCAUUGACCUAGCCUACGUGCUGGUUCUCGACACCCUGAGGUGCCUGGGUACGGCGGCGAUUGUUUUCUUUGUGCUGGGCAGCUACGCCCGCAAGACGGGUCUCGAGAUCGACCAGGUCAUGGCGAGCAACGUGGUGGAGGACGUGGCCUUCGCGCAGAUCCCGGAGGCGCUGUUGUCCACCCGGACGAGUGGAGCCGUGCUGCCAGUGUUCUUCUUUUUUGUGGUCUUCACGGGACUCGGAUCACUGCUGCUGACUACCGAGCUGGUUGUGGAAGUGGUCGACGAAGAAUUCCCGCACGCACACGUAAAUAAGCGCAUGGUCCGCAUCGUCACCUCGGUCAUCUGCUUCUUCGCAAGCUGCGUAUACACCACGCCCGCUGGCCCCUACAUAAAGGUCCUUAUCCUGGAGUACCUUUAUUACGUUGUCGGUUUCACCAACAUCAUCGGCGAGUUGCUGGUUGUCUUCCAACUCUAUGGUCUCGAACGCGUGAUGAUCGACUGUGACCUCAUGCUGGAGAGAACGCCCUGGAGGGUCCUUCAGGUGCUCUGGACCUCGGUCAUUCCAAUGGUACUCACGAUAUUCCUGGUCCUGGGCCUGCUCUUCCGGCCAAGUCCCACAUUCCGCGACCAGACGUACACCGUGCCGGCUAAGAUCAUCGUGGCCUCUGUGGCCUUGGUUGCGCUGACCUUCGUGCCUUCUUACGCGUACUCCAUACUGGCUUCCAACAACUUCAACGUGGAGGUGGUGAAAGCCCACGCGACGCGCUGGCGUCCCGCCGACCCCCAGUUCGCUCGGGAAUACAAGAGCCGACUCGUGGAGUGCGGUCUGAUCGUCAAGCAGCACCGCGUGGAGACGAGCAAGUCCGCAGAGGGCGCAGCGGUCGCGGAGGGCGCUGCGACCACCGGGGCGACCGGCACGUUCGUGGUUCACACGGACACGACGGCCACCAACAAUCCCUGUUUGGAAGGCGUCGCCAAGUGACAUACAAAUGACGCUUCUACAGAUUGUCGGCUGAAGGAUGCGUGCGGCGUAACGAAAGAUACAUUUGAUACCGUUCUCGUUUGGCUAUUAAACGUCUCGCUGGAUAUGACGAAA